AUGUUAAUCCUCUUUUUGUUGUGCUGGGUUCAAAUGGUACCAAGGCACCAUCACAGACAUCCACCAACACCAGCAGAGGUCUCCAAGUUUGUGUCACCUCUGCCUUUACCAGUUCAGACCUCAGAGUACCCUGAAGUGUUUCAGAAUGUGUAUGCCAUCAGGAGUUUUAGGAGGAAAGAGUUGGAUGACCCUCUCAAACUGAGGUCAGCUCUGAGGAAGCCCACAGUGCAACCUGUGAUCCCUGGGUUGGAACACCCAAGGGUUACCUUCUGGUCUGAGCUGGAGGUGAAAAAUAUUGACACUGGUGGAGUUAGAGUCAAGUGUUUGUCUGGUAUUGGGGCUGAGAGACUCCAGCAGCAGAGACCACAGGUCAAGAGACACAAAAGUGACCUGACUCCAGGGCACAAGGAAAACUACUUGAAGCACAGCAGACCCCAGAGAGUGAGACCAUCCAAAAGCUUCUCUCAUCCUUCAAGACAAGAUGUCCACCACCACCAGCAGCAGCAUCUGAAUAAACUACCUCAGCACCACCACUGGCAAGUUCCUUCCUUCAAGCCCAGCAGCAGGCCUGAUCAUCAACACCACCACCACCACUAUUUGCACCAUCACCACCAUCACCACCACCAGAAGACAGAAGAACCCAGUGUUGAGUCAGUGAGAAUAAGGACCAGCAAGGAGAAGAGGACAGUGAUGGUCACUGUGGUGAUGGUUGUGGCUUUUGUGGCUUUUGCUGUUGGGGGAGUCUUGAUGGGAAUCUAUUUUGCACCUGAAAUCCAAGCUUUGUGGCGUAGAGACCCCCAUGUUGUUAUCCCAGUGUCCCUCCAUGGUGAUGAUGGUGGAGGUGGAGGAGAAAGUGUUGCCAGAUGGCAGAGUUGA